AUGGAGGGCCAAGAGAAGCGCGCGAGCGGCGUCGAGGCUGAGCUCCAGGCCGUCCGGCAGGGAGUGCAAGAUCUUGCCGAGCACUUGCGAGGGGAGCAGCAGAAAGCGUUCUGCUGCAUUGAGCAGCAGAUUUCGGAGCUUCGUGCUUUGAUCGAUGCUCGACCUCGGCUCGACGCCGAGGCAGCGGCCACGCUCUCUUCAGCCCCGACACGGCCUGCCGAACCUGCAGAGUACCAGACCAUGUCGCUGGAAGAUGAGGUGCGCGUGCUGCGUGUCGAGAUGGAUGCCGUGAACCUCAAGAUGAAGUCGCAAGAGACUAUAUGUACCAGCCAAGACCCAAUCACACCCCCGUGCUCCGAGGUGUCCACCUCCCGCGAAGUUUCUGAGAUCCAGACUCAAAUAGUGGAGGUGGUGCGGCGCGAACAAGAGGCUUUCCGGGACCGCUACUUGCUGGAGGCAUCGAACUGCGCCGAGAGUGUCAAGAACCUGGAGCUGACCAUGGGCCAUGUGUCGCGAGAGCUGAACAAGCUGCUGCAGAAAGUGGGCGAGGAGGCAGAGGCUUCUCCGAACAGAGCCGUGACCUUCGAUGGCGUUCUGUGCAACUCAAGCAAGACGACCCUUCAGGGAGCCAGCUUCGAGGGUCGGGAUGAUGUUUCUCCAAGCAAUUCUCCUGGAAGAGAGUCAAGUGUCACAGCCAUACAAGGCCUGGAGAGUGCUGCAACCUGCUCCCCAAUGGAGCCCACGGGAGGCUUGGUGCAGUGGUCAAGACCCUCUCAGGGACCUUACACGCAGCAGCCCGUGAAUGUCCAUCAGGAGGUAACCAGAUGCGGGCCACCCGUGCCGCUGCCCCAGUAUAACAACGCACAGCCCGCGAACGUAUGGCGACGGAGCCUUGGGAACCCCUCGGCGCCUGCACACACGCCUCCGCCGCCCUCGGCGCCGAUGUAUUUACGAUCCCGCAGCCAAGACGGACCAACACCGCCUGCACAGGACAGAGUCGUGAUAGCCACCAAGAUGGCCUCGUCGGGCCAGGAGCAGACGACUACACCGAUCAAAUCCAUGCCGCGGAUGGUGGCCACUCCGCAGAUGGUUAAGGACCCCUUCAGGGAGGCUCGGGAUGUCAAGGUGCCGAGCAGAGCCACCAUUGCCGUACCGUUUGCCCGUGAUUGGAAGGGGCAGGUCAUGCCGCCACUGAGCAUGGCUAUUCGAUCAAGUGGGCUGCCCGCUGCACCCCAACAACUGAUGAGAGUCACCCAGGUACAGACACGGGUGGUGUAG